AUGCAUGUGACUGACAUCAGCUUUAUGGAAGCUCAAGGGGCAUUCUGCAACGAGCGCUUACCGGACUGUCGUCAGGCCUUUGCCACAGUCGUGCGGCCUUCGACGUCAGUGCACUGGUCCUCGCUGAGCUGCUUGCCGAGGGCAUCGCAAGAGGAAGAGGGCAUGCGACCAGCUCGUUCGGACGGCAAGAAGCUCCGAAAGUAA